GUAUCGAUAACACUCUUGUUUGUGCUGCAGUUUGCUGUUUUUCCACCAAGUUUUUCACAAAUUAUAUAUUUUCUGUUGGCUGCAGAUAAACAUAAAAACAUUUGCCCUUAACCCGGCAGUCACCUGCAGUCCGUCGCCAAAUCGGAAACCCCGAAUUCAAAGAAAACCCCGCCGAACGAGUCAAAAUGCCCGUGAAGAAUGGUGAAUCUGAUGGCGAAGGCGACGUUUCUGGCGGAGAAUCGGAGCACUCGAAUUCCAGCCAGGCCCAUGACACUUCCGACGAGGAGGAGGCCAACGAAUGCGAUUCAGAUGACUCCUCAGAGCUCGAUGCCAGCGAAAUAGAACGCCAGCGGGCAGAGCAUAUGGAAGAUCUAGCGAGCCUGGAGCGGCAGUUUAAUGCCCUGCGGGAGCAAUACUACCAGGAGCGCAUCAAUCUCAUUGACCGACACCUGGCCGAGGUGCGUUCAGGCCGUUCCGAGGAGUUUGUACAGCCGCAAAAGGAACUUGACAAGGUCCAUCGCACCAGGAUUGAAGUGGCGGAUGUCCUACGCAAGUACCGCCUGCAGAACAUCGAACACAAGUUCCAGUCAGAGGAACAAGCGGCCGUCCAACACUUUGAGAGCGAGAAACAUAUGGCAUUGGACAACCUGCGCGAUGAGUUCUUAGAGCGCAUCCGUCGCCUGGAGGAGGAUCGCCACAAUGUGGACAUCUCGUGGGCCGACUGGGGAACCGACAAGCGACAGAGCAAGGUGCGCGGACCGGGUCGCAAAAAGGCAGUUACUGUCACGGGGCCAUAUGUGGUGUAUAUGCUGCGCGAGGAGGAUAUUAUGGAAGACUGGACGAUUAUACGGAAGGCACUCAAGCGAUCCUCAUCGUCGGCGACCGCCGGAACUGUUACGCCCACAUCUGGGGUUGGCGUUAGUCUGGCCGGAUUGCCGGCAAUGGCCGGGGCCAGCGGAUAGCGGUGGGGUGUGGCAGCUGCCUACGCCCAACUGACGCGUACCUGACGGCCGCGGCCGAGGAAACAGCAGCGGCAGCAGCAGCCGUAGACGUAGAUGUAUGUAGUUUGCAGCGAUAAAUAGCAGUAGCAGAGCUCCGCGGAGCCCGAAUCAGACUUAUUAUUACAUGCUAAGUUCGCCAAGUUCGGCCAACCCCCUUCCUCUAGAUUUUAGUCGUAGAGCCUUGCGCCCACCACUCUCAGAAUGAUAAUGUCCCCCAUCCAGACGAUGUAAUUUAUGCUAAAAGUUAAGUGCUAAAUAAAAGCGAACUGCAGCCAAGUGGAUGUGCGGUCAACAGAA